GGCCAACAAAAACAACUGAACCUCACACAGCCAACAACCACUACCGUUACAAAAGGAGAAACCCUUUACGGAGGGGUAGCCCCAACCAACCAAGAAAGAAUUUCAUUCUCCAUUUUCAAUAAUAAUAACCUUUCAUUCUUUUUAUCCUUUCGUUCUUUACCGUUUCGCUGACGAAAUAAUAUGAUAUUUUGUGCUACAAUAUCAAGGUCUCUCUCCCGUUUUCACUUCAAUUUCCGCUAUCCUCCUCUUCUAACAUCAAUAUGGGUCUAAUCCAGCGAACUGUAUAGCUAAUGAGGGGCAUAGAUAGCAUCUAGAGAACCACAACCAAGGUUGGUAAUGGUAUGAAGUUUACCUACUCACAACUCACACCACCAACAACCACUACCGUUACUCCGCCACCACAAUUCACAUCUUCCUCGGCGUCAAUAGUAGCAGUGGCUUCCAACUUGUUAUAAAAGGAGAAAUCCUUUACGGAGGGGUUGCCCCAACCAAGAAAUAAUUUCAUUAUCCGUGCUUUUUAUCCUCCCUUUCUUUACUGUUUCACUAACGAAAUAAUAUAAUAUCUUUACCAUAAUAUGAUAUUUUGUGCUCCAAUAUCAAUGUCUCUCUCCCGUUUCCACUUCAACUUCCGCUAUCCUACUCUUCUAACAUCAAUAUGUUUACGGGCUUUUUCAACAGAGGCAUCUCUCGACAAAGAGAGAAUGACGUGCGAAGUCUUGAAGGAAUUUCUUGCAAUCGUUGAAAAUACUCCAGCAUCUGUUCCCAAAGUAUAUUUUGCAUAUAUUGAUAAGAUGUGCAAGACUGGAAACCUUACAUCCGCAAGUCAAGUGCUACAAAUUUUAAAUGAUAAAAACAUCGUUGUUUCACCUGAUGCGUAUAAUUUCAUAUUAGUGGAAGCAAGUCAAAAGAACGACAUUGACAUUUCAUGCCAAGUGCUCAAGAAAUUAUUAUUGUCCGGCGAAUCCCCGAGUGCAACCUUAUGCAUUAAGUUUGCCCAAGCUUUCAGAAAAGUAAAUGAUUAUGUGGAGCUUCUUAGGUUUAUUAAAGAAAUAUCAGAGACAAGUUGUUCAAGUAUACCAUUCAUAAACAAGAUCAUUUUUGCCUUUGCAAAGAGUGGACAGAAGGAUAAGGCCUUGAUGAUAUUUGAUCAUCUUAAAAGAUGGAACGAUAGUUGUCUGGACAUAAUCACGUAUAAUAUUGUUCUCGAUAUCUUGGGUCGUACAGGCCGUGUAGAUGAAAUGCUUGAUGUGUUUGCAUCCAUGAAAGAAACGGGUUUUCUCCCAGAUACUGUUUCUUACAAUACUCUAAUAACUGGAUUGCGAAAGGUUGGAAGAUCAGAUAUGUGCUUUGCAUAUUUUAAAGAAAUGAUAGAGAACGGAAAUGUGCCAAAUUUGAUUACAUAUACUGCUUUAAUCAAUGUUUUUGGCCGAGCAGGAAAUGUUGAGGAAUCAUUGAAAUGCUUCAGAGAUAUGAAACUGAAAGGGAUUCUUCCUUCAAUGCAAAUCUACAAAGCACUAAUCCAUAAUUUAAAUAAAAGAGAGAAGUUUGAGUUGGCAACAGAACUUUCAGAAGAGAUGAAUUCAUCAUCAACUUGUCUAUCUGGUCCAAGAGAUUUAAGGCCAAAGAGAAGGAUCUUCAUGAGUGGUUGCCAAAGUGGAUGUUAGAGACAUGAGAGCUUAACAUAGAUAAAUUCAAUUCGAUCAUUACUUACUAUAUAUGUUAUAACUUAUUAGAAUGAUCGUAUAAUUUGUUAAGACAUGUCUUGAAUUAUAUUAUCAAAUAGAGACCGUACAAUUUGAGUAAAAAAAAAACUAAAUGAAGUAUUUGUUGUGUUGAAAGGGCA